AAGGAGCACAAUAGCGAAAAUGAUGAAGAGAGCGAGUUCUCUGGGAGCGAGCAAACAACUAAUAAAGAACCAAGGAGGCCGAGUAGGGGAUAUAGGAAGGUGAUUGAUUAUCGAAAGAAAACAAAAGCUUGGUAAGUAAAGCUUCAUCCGUUAUAAUUUCGAUAGAGUGGGACAUUUAUUAACAAGCCCCAAUAGAUUUGUAUUAAGACCCGUACAGACUGGCAAGUUUCCUUGACAACUUUAAAUGGCACGUUUUCCUUGACGAGCUAGUCGUACCAAUACCGCAGAAAAACGUCUGCGCAUGCUCCAACCUUGACUUGAAAUUUCCCUUGCGAAAAGAAGUGACGUACAUGCGUGUCUUUCCCGGUGAGCUCCAUAUAUAUCUUCUGGAGCGACAACUCGAGUCCAAACAGUGAAGCCAACUUCCUGUUAAGCGCGCGGACAAAAACAAUAGAAAGGGACUGGAACUGACUUCCUAUAGCUCUUCAGAAUCCGCCAUUUUGCAGGGAGUGUGCCGACUCGCAAUUAUUAUGACAGGACUUUUACAUAUAUAAUGAUAACAGAUGUUUUUGCUUCGGAAUAAUUUUUAUUCACUCAUUUACUGUCAAUUCUGUAGGUACAAGGCGUUUCUUGCUGGAAACGUGUUGACCUGUUGGCGACCAAGCUUAAAACACUGGAAGAAAUUUCCUGCAAGGUAGCGUAAAGAAAGUGGAAGCGUGGAUAGAAAAAGACUGGUUAGGAAAAAUUUGGGAUUAUGAUGACUUUGAAAUAAAGUCGAAAUCAUGACAUCUUGAAUUUUGUUUGUGUCUCGUUUUUGAUUUUUCAAGAUGAUAAUAUUUUGAGUAAUGUACAGCAUGUUAUUUCUCUAUAUGUCUUGGUGUGAAGGAUAUACAACUACCUGAAAAAUAUAAUCAGAACUUCGAUGUUUCGAUCGAACGCCCUUCUUCGGGAAGUUAGUACCGUAAGUUAGUAACUUCCCAACGAAGGGUCGUCGAUCGAAACGUCGACGUUUUGAUUAAAUUUUUCAGCUAGUUGUAUAUCCUGCACACGACAACUAUUGUUGUUAUCGUCUCUAUCAACACUGGCACCGACUGUCCAAGAAUAAAUCUACAUGCAUGCCUAUCUAUAAAUAGUUACCUAUCUACAAAUGUAUUGUAACUAGCAACACCUACCUACCUUCUAACAACCUAUCCACUUACCUAACUUACAACCGAAUAACGUUUGAUUUUUUCUGUGUUGGUGUUGUGGUGAAUAUGAUAUUUGUGAUUUUACUCUGAGUGUAUAUCCACACCGGGCGAGCUUGAAAAAUACGCCCGGCCGCGGUGGGAUUCGAACCUACGACCUUUGGAAUACUAGCUCCUGACCGCGUAGCUCAGUUGGAAGAGCAUUGGGCUAGUAUUCCAAAGGUCGUAGGUUCGAAUCCCACCGUGGCCGGGCAUAUUUUUCAAGCUCGCCCGGUGUGGAUAUACACUCAGAAUAACAUCACAACUACCAAUAACGUUUGUUUUAUUCGAGAUGGAACAACAAAAUCAGGUACCGUUGUCGAUGGUAGCCUUUUCACCCCCCCCACCAGAACAUUUGUAUAGAGGGUCGAGUUAGGAUCGCGAUACCGUCUUAUUUUCCUUUGAACGAAAUUUUGGGCUGCGAGCAGGCUAUGUCGAUGGAGGCUUUAUUAUUUAGCAUUAUUAAUUUCUCAUUUUCUCUUCGACUCUUAACCUGCAUUUUUUACGUGUUCUAAUUUUCUGGGCGAUGGCCGUAGCUGAUGGGGAACCCUAACUAUCGAGGGCCCUUAGUUUUUGAACUAUAACCCUAUACCCAAUGAGCGUUACGCCACUGCUUACAACCCACCUACCUAACAACCUACAUAUACUUACCUAACUUACAACCCACCUACCUAACUACCUAUCUAUACUUACCUAACUUACAAACCACUUACCUAACAACCUAUCUACUUACCUAUCUUGCAACCUAAUCUACCUAACUACCUUCGUUUUCAUAUUUAGUGAAGCGGAACACUACUUGCCUGUUAGGAAAAUGUCUCCAGUGUUCAAGAUAGAAGCCGUGAACAAAAAGAAAUGGACACCCGAGCAAGACAAAGAGUAUCAGUUACCGUUGUUUUCUUCUGCUCCGAUUAAUUCUGGUUAGUAGUUUUUAUCUUGGGUAAAGUCGAUUUUGCUAAUGUUUUCGUCUGUGAUAUUUUACCUUUGUCCGCAUCGCUUAUCGCGUCUGGAGAAUCGAUGGCGACGAAGAAAAAAUGUCGCUUCGCACGGAGAAGUUCGCUAUAGUGGAAAAACAGUUUAAUGAUUGAUCUUGAAUAAUUCUCAACGUAAUUUUCAACUCAUUCUGUUUAACUGGGGGUCAAAAUAGGGACCAGUCAUCGGUCACAUGCAUUUUGGUUGUGAGAUUGAUUUUUGAGGUGUUGAGAGUCGUCUCGAUUCCCAUAGACUCGAAAAUGCAAUUAUAUAUCAUUUAAAAUCUUGGAAUGUAUAUAAUAACCGCUUAGCAAAUCAAAGCGCCUGGGACGAGGCUGUAUAAUAAGCAUUGUUUAUGACUUUCAGUAUCGGACUCUCUGGUUUAAGUACAUGGGAAUCUGCAAUUCAGGAGAGGUGGAAAAUGAAGCCCAUCUCCUCCUCUCUUGCAAAGCCUAUGAGCAAUCUCGUACAAACCUUCGAAGUUCAUUAGAGAAUGCUUCAUUUGACGAGAUUAAUCUAAACUCUCAAACUCUAUCAGCGGACAUAAUGAGGUCAACUGAUAGUGAAAUCAUAACCAAACUUUCAAAAUUUUCUUAUGUUUGGAACAGACUUCAAUACCUUGAAACAAGGAAUGCAGAUUAGCAAAGGUUGUAAUAACCACCUUAUUUGUAAAUAGUAUACGUUAUAAUUGUCUUCUUUCUUUCCUCUUAAUUCUUCUUAAUAUUGUAUUAGUCUAUUAUAAAUCAUUCCACAAAUGAUAAUUAACAAUUAUUCGCCGAAGGCGAAGUGAUUACCGGUGAAUAUUCACCGAGACGAAGUCGAGGUGAAUAUUCACCGUAAUCACUGAGCCUGAGGCGAAUAAUUGUUUUAGUAUAAAUUUUUAAUGAAUAAAACAAAAUAUCCAAGUUAUCCAACUAUAAGUUUAAUUAAAAUUCAGAAAUAAAACUGUUUUCGACCGGUUUACGGUUUAGUGUUGCAGUGUUUCUUGUACACGCACGCUUUCAAAAUGGCUUCCUGUGCGACUUUAUUGCUUUAUUACAAAGUUAUUUUUCUCGAUUUCUGCUUAGAAUAUAAACACAAUGAUGGAAUGACUUUUUUACCAGACUUAGAAUUAAAAAAUAGUUUCUGUUUAGCAUUAAUUUGUUCAGGAAAUGGCUGAGAAAUUUGGUAAAAUGAAAUGUAAAACUAUAUCUAUAUCGUUCGAAUUAAUAUAAAAGUUUUAAUACACUUUUCACUUUACAAGUUUUGAAAACACAAAUAGUACAAUACAGCGAGAGGACACCAUACAGCACAAUGAAAACACGACAUAGUCAAAAGAAAUAGUAUCGUACAAAUUGAGAUAUUUAUAGGAUACAAAACAAAAUUGUUUUAAAAAGAAUAUCACGGCUUUUCCCAAAAGUCGGGAUAUUUUUUGCUAUUUCAGAUUUACGUUUGAAGCGAAUGUUUCGGAGUUUUAAAUAAGUUUUAAAUUGCCCGUGAAUAUGUUUGACACAGUAAUAUAAUACUAAAUCCUACCUUUCAAGUUAAAUACAACAUUUUGUGCUUUUUUUCUUCUUCUGGGAGGAUGUUUUCAAUAUUUUGUCGAUUUUGAAACCAAAUUUGCCGAAUCAUUCUUUUUGAAAAGCAUUAUUUACUACCCAGGUGGUAAAUAAUGCCUCAGAUUUACUAGUCAACAGCCAAUCAGAACGCGCGAAAGCUCAUUUGAUAUGCAAAAUUUAUAAUAAUCUGUAAUAGUCCUAGUUUAUCAUAGUUUCUUCUAUAUAUUGUUUGUAAUGCUUUAGCAAUACUGUAAUUUUAUGGUCAUGCUAAUAAAGCUAUUAAUUACCUUACAUGGAUUGUGCAUGAGUAUGCAUGUGUUUUUACAAUUGUAUCUAAUUAUUUUAUAGCGGGAGGUUUAUGUAACGUUACCUUCAAUGUUGGUGGGUCGGUGUGGGCCAUGGAUUGGGCGCCAAUACCGGGUAAGUUAAUGCCAUAACUUCCCUUAAUCAAGGUACAAUAAGACUCGUUAGCCGAAUUCAUAUUAGAAGACGGAUUUCCGUCUAAGACGGGAAACUCGUCUCAGACGAGAAACUCGUCUUGAUAUAAAUUCGGUAAACGACGGGUUUUCCGUCUCAACUUUUCCGUCUAACUUUCCCGUCUGAACGACGGGAAAGUUCGACGAGUUUCUCGUCUUAGACGGAAAUCCGUCUUAAAUCCGUCUUAAAUUUAUAUCAGACGAAUAAAUCAAGGCGGGUUUCUGCUCGUAACGUUCAAAAGAGACUGGGAUGGAGGGUCUCCUAUUUUUUCGGGUUUAUCCGUCCGAUGGUUUUCGUUUCAUACUUAUACCAGACGGAAAUCCGUCACACGAGUUUCCCGUCUUAGACGGAAAUCCGUCUUCUAAUAUGAAUUCAGCUGUUGUGUAUGUUCUCGCAAAAACUCUUCUUCCUCGUCAAACAUACGCGUAUUUUCACAAUUUCACCCCACACUCAAUACCAGUCAGACAUGCAUGUUUUCGUUCCCUACGCAAAGCCCAAAAUCGAAAUUGCAGUUUGUGUUUUUACUGUCAAAGAAAGUGUGUGCAUAUACUAAGUUGUUUUGCUUUGGAUGGGGAAUAAAUGAAAAAUGGAAAUAGAAUAAAACCUAUAUCCUGUCUCUUAACCUUAGGUGCAUGGAACGUUGUAUUGGACGAAAAUACAAAAUGCCAAUCUGAGGAAUUAUUAUUAUACCUGUCCUAAAUUAGUUUGGAUUGUACUUGCAUUAACUUAGUUUUCUUAUAACUUAUUUGGCGUUUUUUUCAGUUGGUGAAGAAAACUGCGAUCAGUAUCUCGCCAUUGGUUGCCAUAGUGAUCCAGACAAGGUAUUACGCUAGUAAAUUAUGCAGAAGAUUAUACCGUCUGGCUUGUGAUGACCAGUUUUAACCACUGCAUGUGAUACAUAUAUAGUAAAUACCUAAUACAAGUAAAAAAAUACGACGGUAAUAUAAUGUCAAAUAUAUUUUCCUUCCAUAACGAAAGUAGAACAAUAAAAAUGUUUGUUCAACAAUGAAAAUGGUCCCCCACAUGAAUUGUCCGUAAUAGCGAGAGUCCGUAAUAGCGAGGGAUAUGCAAUUCCAAUGCAUGUUGUAGCAGUUUCCGCCGGGGAUUUACUAACUGUCCUUAUAAUGAUGGAGCGUCUGUAAUAGUGGGGUGUCUGCAAGGCGAGAGUUGACUGUAUUUAUACAGAAUGUUAGGGUUUGUAAUCCGAGUGAGUAUAUAUACAUUUUAAGCCCUGACCAGGAACGACUGCGAAAAAUGCAGCAAAAGGUCCUCUGGUAGGAAUUGAACCCUGUGAUUCCGGUGCGCGCUCUAACCAACUGAGCUACAGAGGCCAGUUGUUGCGCUGUAACCGUAAGUUCAUGUAUAUAUAGGUAAUUUGGUGUGCGGGUUGUCAUAACCUAAAAAUACAUGAACUUACGGUUACAGCUCAACAACUGACCUCUGUAGCUCAGUUGGUUAAAGUGCUGCACCGGAAUCGUAGGGCCGUAGGUUCAAUUCCCACCAGAGGACCUUGUGCUGCAUUUUUCGCAGUCGUUCCUGGCCUGGUCUUAAAAUGUAUAUAUACUCACUUGGAUUACAAACCCUAAUAUUCUAAUAUCAAUUCUACCAAGUGAAAUGCAAGUAACGAAAUCAAUCUGUAUUUAUACAGCUUGUAAACCUGACAUGUCUGUGAAUGGAUUAUUUGAUAGGACAAACCGGGACUAAGGAAUGUUGGGGCCGGUUGUGUUUGUUUUUGUAUAUGCAAUUGUGCUGUUUCUUGUUCUUUCUCGUAGUUUGAGGUUAGCGAAUGAACAUCGUCAUGAUGUACUUUAUCCUUAAGACAAAGUACACAAUGAGUCUCGUUGUUUAAAGGGAAAUGGCAAUAUAUUUUUUUAUUUUCUCAUUUGAAAGAACUUUUGAAACUAUUUAGUAACUUCUUUUACCGAUUCUUCAUAUCUUGCUUAGUUCUUGAAAUAUUUUCACUUGAAGUAACGAGAUGUCAGCCAUCUUGGAUAAUUUUUUGAUCUCAUUAACGGCAGUUUUGGUGACGUCACAACAGGGAUUAACCAUAUAAAAGUAUUCGUUGCUGACCAAAUAUUGAUUGGGAGAUGUUUUACAGGUUUGAAGUGAUUUUGAUAUUUCCACGGGAAGACAGAGUAUAAUUUUGGAUGCAAAAUGGUUAGUGGUUGUCUGGAUAGAAAUAUUGCGUGACCCCUGUUGUGACGUACCAUGCAUAUCUACAAAAAUCCAAGGUGGCGGACAUUUAAUUUCGUUCGAUUAAAAUAUUUGUAGAAGUUAGCAAGAUAUGAAAGAACGGUAAAAGAGUUUUAUAUAUGCUUUUAAACGUUCUUUCAAACGAGAAAAUAAAAAAAUAUAUUGCCAUUUCCCUUUAACUCUGAGUCAGUUCCCUCAAACAUGUCUUACAAAUUCUUCAAAACUCAGAAUUUACCUGAGUGUGUAAAAUUCGUACUGUGAUCACAGAAACCUUGAUAGAAACUUUGAUAGUAGAAUUGAUUGAGUUGGUUAGGCAAGUUAAGAGAAAGCGCAACCGUAAGCAAAGGCAGGAAUAUAGUAUUUGUUGGGAUAAUAUCAUCCCAGGAGUAUCAAUUCAAGAUGAACGACACGAAAACUUUCACCUGUCGAGACAGACGUUCAAUUAUUUGUGCAAUAGAGAGUUUUAGAUUGACAUUUACGGCAAACGUCAAACCGCUGACGAAGUUGUUGGUUUUACAACUCUAUUAUAACAGCUUUUACACCAGUUUUGAAAUAUAUUAAACAAUUAUUAAACUUGUGUUCUUUAGCAAUGAUUUAAGAAAGCAAAUUAACCAAUAGUCACGUAUUCACCAAAGCUGUAAAUUAAAAUUUAGCGUUUGAAGUUUACGUUUGGCGUAUGAAUUUUAUGCUUGAACUGCUACGAGUGCUUGUAGUCGUUAAAGCAUGAAAUUUAUACGCCAAUCGUAAACUUCAAACGCCAGAUCUUAAUUUACUGCUUUGGUGAAUACAUGACUAGUGGUUAAUUUGUUUUCUUGAAUCAUUGUUAAAUACCACAAGUUUAAUACUUGUUUAACAUAUUUCAAAACUGGUGUUACAGCUGUUAUAAUAGAGUUGUAAAAUCAAAAACUUCGUUAGUGGUUUGACGUUUGCCGUAAACGUCAAUCUAAAUCUAAAUCUCUAUUAAGGCUGAUUUCCACUGUUGCGUUUUUCAUACGUACGUAUACGCACGUAAAACUUUAAAUCCGUUUAAAUGUUACUUGUGAAAUAACCAAAUAAAUGAAGCAACAGAAUUUAGUGUUCCGCAAGUUUUAGUACGCAUUUGUUAACUUAUUUUGUAAAAUAUUUAAAAAAUAGAAGGAUUCAAAGUUUUACGUGCGUGUAUACGUGCGUACGAAAAACGCAACAGUGGAAAUCAACCUUUAGAGAGGUUGACGAGAUACGAUAAUACGUUGACGAGAGGUUAUACGAUCACUAAUAUGAACAGUAGCGAAGCCUUAUCGAAAAUCUAACGGCUUAGUGUGAACAAGCGUAAAACAUGGCUUGGUUAUUUCCCUCCAGCGUGGUGUGAACGUAGUCUUCAUCAUUGGACAAUAGCGCUUGCACUAUCUAGUUAUUUUUUGAGAUCAGUGGGUUUACCACAACCACUUAAUCUACGUUCAGAUAUUUUAGCUUCUUUGUACCUUGUUAAGAAUAAUAUGUAUAUAGUAUGCUUCUUUUAAUAAUGGGCAUUCUCUCUUGCAGAAACACUUGCUUUCCGAAUGCUACAAAGAAAAAGGUGUCUUGCAAAUUUGGCGAGUUCCGAAACUACGGAAUGGAAUAAGGUAUAUUAUUACUCUUCUGAAGAAAACAGAAGAAUUUAAAUCAUAUUGGGGAAUCCUGGAUUCUUAUUGAUUGACUGCAGCCGUUUUUUUAUCAGGCAACUUGUGUAGUGAUUUUUCUAAAGAGUGUCUAGAAUGUUCAUAUUGACUAAAACUAUCGUCAGGAAUUACGACAUACUGUUUCGCUGAAUCCAAUGGUGGUAUUUUUGCCUUUGUUAGCCGAAUGGAAACGGAAAUAAGCCGCGGCAAAGUCACCCGACUUCAAAGACGGAAAGUUAGGACCAGAAAGAGAUAAUUAUUAAACCUGUUAGUUUUUAAGCUGUUUCAAAGUAUCAACCAAAGUCUAUUAUUCAAAAUAAUUGCAACACCUUGCCUAUAGGCGAACAGCUGUCUGGAAUGAGAUAUUUGUCCUACAACCGGUGUACUGUAUACACUUGGUGUUUGUUUUGUUUUAUUUUUGUUUAAUUUUAGACCGACAGAGCAACCUGAAUUUUGUCUCGGAAUUGUCCACGAUUAUGGACCCGUGUGGGACGCCCGAUGGUGUCCGUCUGGGGCCUGGGAUCCGUUAUCUCCGCAGGCAAGGUUAACAUUCACCAGCUACACGGCAAAAAACGAUCAGGUUGUUGCAAUACUGAUGAAAACAGGAUUGAACAAUGCUUUGCUGCCCACAUUGUUCACAGUUGUCAACAAUAUUGAACAAUAUUGUUACACGCGAUUCAGGCCCAACAAUAUUGUUCAAUAUUGUUGACAAGUGUGAACAACGUGGGCAGCAAAACAUUGUUCAAUCCUGUUGAGCAGCAGGCUCGGCGUUUUUUGCCGUGUAUGCUGUAUACUAUCAACAGCUAUUUUUUGGUUUUCCACGUCUGGUCAACAGCAAAUCCAAGUGCAUGAUGUGUAGCGUGCUGCAAUAGAGAGGUUCAGAUUUUACUUUUCCACUACCACUACCUCUCACUGACUUAGUCCGCAUUUGAUUGGUCAAUAUGAGACACAUCUGAUUGGUUGAUAGUCCCUUAAUGGUAGCGGUAGUGAUGAUGGAAGUCAAAUCGAAACCUCUCUAUAUUGACUGACAUGGGCACCGAAUUUUCAAGUUUUGCUUAUCGUCGCCUUUGCGGGAACGUCGCAGCUAUGCUUUGAAUAUAUAGUAUUGUUAUAUUACUAGGAUGAACACCAAACGUGAUUGGCUGAUUUGUGGUCACGUGACUUUAGAUAAAUGCAAACUCCAGAUGCUUCGCUACGUCCUUCGACUUCAUCUUGUGUAUAAUGUGCGAACAAAAAAAUUAACAACUUGCAAACAAAGCAGAUUUCAACGCAUGUUAGACAUACUUACGCAUGUUGUGUCAUGUUUUGUAAUGUUUAAGUGGACAUUCUUUAUUACGUUCAUUUUGAAAUUAUUGGUGUUUCUUGCAAUCUGAUUGGCUCUUAGCGGUGCAAUUGAAGCACAAAUAGCAGCCAUCGUGUCCAAUCAUAGUUAAGUCAUGAGCGUCACCAACCAAUCAGAUUUAAUUAUAGGGUCCAACCAGCCAAACAAUUUUAGGAAAAUGACCAGAUGAUGUGCAAGUAAACGACCAAAUCUGAUCAUCUUCGAAUUUACUAAAUAAAAGUUGUCAAUAGGCUGCCUACAUAGAGCGCCGUAAAAAGUAAAAAAAAGGGGGGCCAACUUGCCCAGAGGGGGCGCCGGAAUGCCGGAAUUGCGGAACGUGUUAAAUAUUAAGGAAUUUUCUGAAAAAUUGAGGUCGAAAAGGUCUGAAAAAGUAUUUUAAAGUAUUUUUCUCAAAGUGGUGUUUGGAAAAUUUUUUGUCACGUUUUGUUUUCGCCGGAAAAAACCCGUCGACCUCCCCCCUCUUCCCCGCCGAAAGGAAGGGGGCCCAAACUUUUGAAUUCACCCCCCAACCAGAUACCGCUCGGGACGGCCCUGCAAAUUAAUCAGAUUUUGUCACCUUCCGAGGCAGUAAAGUAAUGAGUUUGUAUCCAGAAGAUCUGUUUGGAUCCUAUAUUCAGAAGUACGAUUUUCAACUCAUUAUCCCAAAGUAAAUCUUUUGUUUACAAUUAGAUUGUGUUAGAAUACAUGAAAAUUACUUUCUGCGAGUCCGAACACAAAGGCAACUAUAGCCAUUCUUUGUUUCAGAGAGGUUCUGUAGAGAUUUAUAGGUUUUGAAAUACUAUCCUUGCCUUUAGACGUCCAGUGUAGACUUACUAUAAGUCACAUCGCAUUGUAACUUGUCUCGCGUGUAACGACCAGCUUGACAAAUAAUCCUUUAACUUUUAUAGGAUGGUGAACUUCGACGACUGGGACUGCUUGCAUUGGCGUGCGCUGAUGGCAGAGUUCGAAUUUUCAGGUAAAACUUGUAAGGGCAAUAUUUCUUUGGGAUGUUUCGUAACGCUACAUGCGCAUAAAUGAAAGACCAUCAUGCCAGUUCCCCAAAGCCUUAACUCUUAACCUGCGAGGACGCAAAUGCACUGCAAAAAAUUAAACCCCGAGUAUUUUGAUUUAAAAAUUUCUCAUGAGAAAAAUAUAAUGCAUCCACAUUCAGGCCUGCAAUGGCUGAAAAUAAAGAGUAAAAAACUCACAUUUAUGAGCAAAUUAAAUUUACUGAAUUUUUUAGUAGGUUUACUACUAAAAGAAAUUAAAUUUGCCCAUAAAUUUGAGUAGUUUUACUCAAUAUUUUGAGUGACUGUGGGUGUUUUAUUUUCCUUAGUAAUUAUGUUCACCCCUGAUUUCGCUUUUGCUGAUCAAUUUUUCAUUUCUUAGUGUGCCAUUUCCCUGCUCACUUAUGAAGAAUGACGGUGGUGAAGCUGGAAAGUCUCCUAGUGAUAGUAAGUAUACAAGUCGCUGAAGUACAACAUCUUGUAUCGACUCCUAUCUACAUGUGAUGUGACUGAUGUCCAACAAGACUAUAAGUUUACCAUUACAAUUUGACGAAUUUGUACGUAUCAGUGUGCGGUUUUCUAUUAAAACAAAUUACAAUAAUAACAAUAUUACUGGAAAAAAGUAAUAUAAAAGUGAAGCAAACAUAAUCCAAUUUCGAAGUACUUAAAUUUCGAAACGCACACAAAAAAACUUCCAACCUAUUCACAAUACAAUUUUCCAAUAUGAUGGUUCCUAGCUACGUUCCAGACCCCGACCCGCCACUGAACUGUAACAUAAUGUGGAUUGCGAACAAUAUAAAUUUGAUAAACGGUAGCUACAUCUUGUUAUUUUUCUAAUUUUGCAAAUUUUGCAGAACAGUCGAUAAAUAAUACAGUCGAACCUCGUCUUGCUGAAACGUCUCAAUACCAUGAACACUUUAAUUCCAUUGUUCCGACAAAUUUGUCACAUAUGUCUCACAGAGUAAAUACAUAUAACUUUUUACCUCUGUAUUACGGACAGUUUGGUUUUGUGGCUAUAAUGAUAGUUUGUGUAAAACAACGGUGCAUAAAAAAGGUGAUAAUUUCACUUUUCACGCCGUGGACAGUGUCAUGGCAACCAACUUAUGGUCACAACAAAGUCAUCGCGGCGUAUGCUAUGUAAUCGUUGUGAUCCCUUUAAGACUGAUAUCUCUAUAUAAGGCCAUUUUCCACUUUAAGCGUACCGCACCGAAACGUAUAAAAAUAUUUUUAAAUUUCAAACUUUGCUGAAUGUUGAUUGGUUAAUACUUCUCUAGUACGCCAAAAAGUUGAUUUGCCACGAACUUUUUAUUUUCAUACGUGAAUUAAAUACACCUGUCAAUACGUGAAUUUUCAACCUGCGCAUGCUCACCAGUACGUUUCUAUGCGGUACGCUUGAAGUCCCUUCGUAGCUUAUCAAUUAUUACAAUAUGAGUUUGUUUUCUUACCUAGUACUUUAUCGUGCUGUCCCCCACAUGGUGCUAUCCCCAGGCUCUUUGUGUCGUAAGUACCAAGAUGAAUGUGGUCCGGCGUGGACAGUGUCAUGGCAACCAAUUAAUGGUCACAACAAAGUCAUUGCGUCGUAUGCUGAUGGUGAGAAUUUGUGUAUCAUGGUCGUACAAUGUCGUGUUUUUAACAAUUAUUGAAUGAAGUUGAAUAUUGUUAUUUCUCGACACUGCCACUAGACUUUCGCUGCACAGUGCUGUGCUCUACUCUCAGUACUACACUGUGCUCUACUGUGCUGUACUAUACUACGCUAUUGUUAGGCUAUUGUGUACUGCACUGCACUGCACUGUAAUUUAUUGUGCUGUACUCUACCGUGAUGUAUUGUACAGUUUUGUACUCCACUGUACUGCACAUGGCCAGAAAUUCAGGACAACAUGGCGAUUGGCAUACGCAAUAUACUUCCUCAUUCGUUAUUCAAGAUGGCUGAUUUAUAUAUAGAUUAAGUAUUGCAAAUAUAUGUUUUAGCAAUUUCCAACGUUUUUCGUACAUAAAUCCGAGCUCUGCACGUCGAAAACAUCAUUUAAUUACUCGAUCCUUUAACCGAAUAAAUUUCAGAACAGUUCAAGUAGGACAAACCAGUCCCCGAGAACUAUAUUCCUACCUUAUCUCAUCACAUAUACCAGAUAGUUAAUUCUCCCAAAAUUCGCUAACUGCACAUUUUUGAGCAGCAUUUUAGGACAUUCGUGGGCAGUACAUGGAGCUUCUGCACGUCUGCAUUGAUAAAAGUUGUCUUUAUCUUUGUUCUCCAACAGUUUACAAACCCGUAGAGGAUGGAGAAACAGGUUCCAAAAAGCCACCAAAUAUAUGCUUUUAGCAAACAGAAAAUGUGUACAUUGAGCGUUGGAAUUACCACAAAUCACUCGAAAACCAGCAAAUUUGUAAAUGUUGAUCCGCCAUUUUGCUUUAAAAUUGUUGCUAGGCAACCUAUAUGACUGACAAGGUGUAUUUGUGGGCUCAGUGAGGUUGAUUUCGCAAUAAAAUAGCUCAGAUUUCGCGGGAAAAUUUGUAAAAUUUGGUAAAAUUAUUUGCAGCAGUUUCAAUUUGGGCAUCUUUAACAGUUGGAAAUUUAUUUUAAAAUACUUUUCUUUCGUUCACUUGAACAUACUGUACCUCAAGUAAGUAUUUAAACGGCUUAUUGUUGUAUUGUGCGUAUAAAGUUUGCAUACGAAUACAAUGUCGGAUACAUGCCCGACUGCAUUCCAUUCUUUCUUGAAAUGGAAACUUGGUGAAUAUGAGCCCGCGCGUCUUUCCGCUGACUGUCCUGAAUUUCUGGCCAUGCUGUGCUGCAUUUUUGUUUGUGCUUAUUUCCGCAUGCUAUGUUUUCCCAUUUGCCUUUUUGCAGGCACGGUGGCAAUCUGGAAUUUAAAGACAGAAAAUCGUAUUCUGAAAGCGGCGACCCCAGACGGUCUCACCGAGU